AUGCCGCCUAAGAUGCCCAAUUUGAGGUUUAAACCCAAACUCGUGGCAAAAAGCAGGCCGCAAACCCCUCAAGACUCCUCUCGCGAAGAGCUCACCCUUCUCCAGCUCGAGCGUCUAAAGCAGGAACAACAACAACAACAACACACCCAACCCCCUCCGUUGGAUGCCCCGGGGGCCUCCCCGCAGGACCCGGCGGGGCCAACUUCGCGCCGUGACCCCUCCUUGUCCGCACGCCCCCCCACGACAGCGAAUCAUCCGGAAACGAUCGCCGCGUAUCGUGAAAAGGCAACAAUUGGAAAAGACGCGCUUUGCCGACAGGCGAAUAUCGCGUCCUAUCCAGAUCGCGCCGAGACGUUUGAGGCGAAUACGGUGUAUUCGAUUUUAACGACCCCAGGCGAUGCGUUUAAUCGCGUGAUCUGCCCGGUUCCUUUACAAUUACCCGAAAAAGAAAAUGAGGAGGGGCAGCCGCAAGCGCCUCCUGCUACCGCGCUCUUCGACGGAACCGCAUUUUUGCGCGAAGGCGAUAACGAAUUAGCGCGCGCCCAUCGCGCGAACCUGCGAUUUUACCAAAAAAGCUUAUCCAAGGAAGCCGCGCUGGAUGUUAAAAACGAAGAAAAGGACGAAUACGAGAUCGGAAAGUCUUCUACCGAAAAGGAGGAGGGCCCCUUGGUGUACAUGCAGCUGCCUCGAUUUUUUGAUAAUCCGAAGUUCACUUUAGCAAAUCUCUCGCCAGGGAAAGUGGGGGAGCUGAAAGUGUUUAAGAAUGGACGUAUGGUGAUAGAUAUCGCGGGGGUUUAUUACGAUGUGUGGGCGGAAGAAAGGGAGGAAGGGAUUCAUUCGACGGUUGCCAUUACGCAACCGUCGUCUGAUCCGUUGGAUGCGAAUUGCAAGCCGAGCUGCUUUGAGGUUGGGAGCCUGGCGAUGAAGAUGGUUUGCACGCCGGCCGUUGAGGAGGACUAA